UUUUACAAUUUCAUCUUCAACAAAAUCUUCCAUUUUCAUCUACACCAACUCCCCAACAAUAUGUCUUUACUCACAAUGGGCGAAGCACACAGAGGAACAGUUGCAAACAUCGCGACAUACGUAAGUUUUUUCUUAUAAUUCUUUUUUAUGUUUCAUCUCCACCAACCCCAUUUUAUUUUGAAAUACCGACUUAGUCAAGUGUUACAUUAUUUCUAUUAUAGGAUGUCUCAAGGUUUCGCACUCGAGUCCACGAAUUUGUCCCAAUGGACCCGAUGAUUCAACCUUAUGUUGAACUCGCCGGUUUUGGUCACCUUAGCAAAAUUAUGUCUUGGUCUAUAGAUAACAAGUUCAUUCUAGCCUUAUGCGAAAGAUGGAGGCCAGAGACACACACAUUUUGGUUUCCAACCGGUGAGUGUACCGUGACGUUAGAAGACGUCUACAUGCUUUUAGGACUACGAAUUGAAGGCAAAGCUGUUAAUGGUAAGACCAACUUUCCAAAUUCAAUUUGCAUGGAGCUUUUAAACACUGAUUUGUUAGAUGAUAAUGCUAGGGGACAAGGUAUACUACUUUCACGCCUAAAGUCAUAUUAUAAUAGUUUUUAUUUAGAUGAGCAUUCUACCGAAGAUGCUCGAAUCAUCAAAACUAGGUGUUACAUUAUGUUGUUACUAGGAUCCUUUUUAUUUCCCGAAGGUAGUGGUUCUAGCAUGCAUAUUAUGUACUUACCUUUACUUAGACAUAUAGAUAGAAUAGGUAGUUAUAGUUGGGGAUCCGCAUGUCUAGCCUAUCUCUAUAGUUCUUUGUGCAAAAACUCCCACAAAGAUACUUCUACAUUUUCUGGAUGUGCUGUUUUGCUACAAGCAUGGGGAUGGUCAAGACUACCGUCUCUAGCACCGGUCAAUAACAACCCCUUCACUUUUCCAUAUGCAAAAAAAUGGUCGGCACGCGGUAUGAAUUACAAAAGAUGUCCGAGACACUGUAUUACUCAAUAUCGCAACCUGUUGGAUCACCUUCGACCGGCAGACUUCAUUUGGCGUCCAUACCUUAAUAUGGAUCAUGAGCAUCAGAUCAACCCUGAAGACGCAGCCGUAUGGACAACAUGCACACCGAUAAUACGGUUCACAACAGUGGAGCUGCACAACACCGAUCGUGUGAAGCUGCAGUUUGGUAUGGUCCAGAAUAUCCCAGAUCCCCCAGCUAGCCUAGGAGAAUGGCAUAUGCGUAAAGUGAACGACCAAUGGAACUACAACCCUUGGCAAACCUUCGCAAGAUCAGAGUGUCGCAAGUGGAAGCACCGUCAUGACCAUGUCUUAACUGACACAGUCAUGCCAAAUGAGGUAAAACCAAGUCGAAUGUUUGGAUUGAUAUUGUUCCAUUUUAAUUCCAUCACCAUUUUGAGGGAAGCUAAGGGUCGAACAGUUCAUGAAUUAAUUCUUGAAGAAUUCCGCCAUGACCUUUUCAUGCAGGAAGUUGGUUUGCUGCCGGUGUUUCGCAGGUUUUUUGUUUCUGAUACUUGGAGGAACGAAAGAUAUAUUAGGUUCUAUUGGAAGUUAGAGGCGGUCGGUCUGUUCCAGCGGGGCGUUGAGCAAAACUUCCUUGGAUCUGAAGCGGAGUCUGGAUCCACUAUUUGUAAUGUAUGGGUUUAUGCAAUGACUCCAUGGCCUAAUAAAAAUUCCAGUUUCUAUGAAAUCCCAUUCAAGUCAAACUUUGGUUUUUUCUAUUUCCACCCAUACGGAUGUCCUGAUGUAACGGACACAUGUGCUUAA